AUGAAUGUAACCAAUGCCACUGUAGAGUUGUCGUUUGCCGAUGAAACAAUUAUCAAAGAAAGAAAAACGAAAGGUGUCAAAUCGAGAUUACACACUCUUUUUGCGCAUGCGUUAUAUCUCAAAAUCAUCCUUUCUUUUUCUCCCCACUCUCUAAAUACUUUCCCGUUUUUCUUUUAUUAUUUUAAAAUCAUCAUUUCUCUAAAUCUUUCUGACUUUUCUUCUCCUUGUCUUUCUUCUUCUCUCUGUACCUCUCGCUAUAUUUCUUCUAUUACCUUUAAGGAAUGCGCGGCUUUUUUCUUUUUUCUCUUAUUUUCUUUUAACCUUUUCCCCUUUCCCUCAUCUUUCUUUUUUUCUUAUUUUCUUUUAACCUUUUUCUCUUUCCCUCGACUUUCUUUUUUUUCUACUUUCAUUGUCUUGUUCUUUCCUCCAUUUUUCCUUUUCAGUCCAGUCAUCUUCCGCUCUUCUUUAUUUUUUCUUUAUCUUUCAUUCUUUUUUUUCUCCCAUUCUUUUUACACUCAUUUACUCUUUCUUCAUUCUUUUUGCUCUUUAUAUUUUCUUUCUAUUUUUCUAUUAAUUUUUAUUUCAUUUUUCUUUCAUUCACACUUUUUCAUUCAUUUUUCUUUCUCUUUCAUUCAUUCAUUCAUUCAUUCAUUUCUUUACAUUUUUCUUCUUGUGUCGUUUAUCUUUCUUCAUCCUUAUCUCUUUUCCUCUAUUUCUUCUUCACUGUUUUCUCGUCUUUCAUUUUUUUUUAUUUUCAUAUUUUCGUUCCCUCUUCCCUUUUCUCUUUCUCUCCUUUUUUCCUUCAUUUUCUUCUAUCUUCCUCUACUUUUUCCUCUAUUUUUCUGUUUCUGCUUCUGUCCUGAUUCUUUCUUUCUUUCCUUCUCUUCAUAUUCUUUCUUCUUUUUUCUUUUAUGUUAUUCUCUUUUUCUUCUUCAUUGUUUUCAUCAUCUUUCUUUUAUUUUAUAUUUUGCUUGUUCAUUUUUAUAUUUUUACCUUCCAAUUCCUCUAUUUUUCUCCGUUUUUCUUCUUUCUUUUUGUUUCUAUCCUGAUAUUCUUUCUUUCUUUCUUUCUUUCUUUCUUUCUUUUCAAUAUGUUUCCUUUUCCUUUUUGUCUCCCUUUUUUCAUCUUCCUUGUUUGUAUCCGUUUUUUCCCCUUCUUUUCCCUUCUUACUUUCUUUCUUUCCUUCCUGUCGUUUUUUAUGUUUUUCUUUCCCUCUUUUAUUCUUUCCUUUUUUUUCUUUCCUUCGUCUUUAUUUUUUUGUACUUUUCUUGCAUUCUUUACUUUUUCUAUAAUUCCUUCCUUUUGUUUCUGUUUAUAUAUUUUUCCUUCCUUCCUUCCUUCCUUCCUUCCUUCUUCCUUCCUUCCUUCCUUCCUUCCUUCCUUCCUUCCUUCCUCUGUCUUUUUUUCAGUUUUCUUCAAUUGUUUACCUUUUCCAUCGUUCUUUCCUUCCUUUUUCCUUUCAUUUUGAUUUACUUUUUAUAUUUUCCUUUUUUUUCCUUUAUAUUUUGA